AUGAUGUUUGAAUGGAGUUUUCACCAGGUAAGUAAGAUUUUAUAUCUAUUUGAGCUUUAAAAUACUAUAAUUGUUCUUAUUUGUCCAAUUUUUCCUUAGUUUUCGCAAUAUUACGUUAUUUUGCGGACAGAUCAAGAUUGGCAACGGAGAAUUUCAGUUUUUUUUGGAUAUAAUUUCAGGAAUACAAGCAAAAUGGGCUUCCCAGCACCGGAAUCUCCUCCAAGGCCUUGAGUAUAUCACGAACUCCUUCUCGAAAGAUGCUUUUUGAACGCAUUGGUAUGUUGUUUUAGAUGUUAUUGCAUUAUUCAUUUAGAUUUUAGGUAAUCUCUUCGGAUUUAUCGAUGCUGAAACCUCACGACUCGUCCGGUACAACAAUUGCCCCAUCUCUUCUGGCGAAAUCCGGAUUUCGGUCCGUGUGAUUCUACCCGGAGAAUUGAUCACGAACGAUGGUUCAACGCUCCCACUUCACCCAUUACUGAUCCCAUACGGCCCUCUUUAG